GCUCCGGGCGUGCGGGUGGGGUGUGACCCCCGCGCAGACAUGAACCCCAAAGGCUGCCUCGGCUGUGCCAAGUGCUUCCUCUUCUUCCUCAACCUCUUCUUCUUCGCCCUGGGCACCCUCCUCCUCGCCUUCGGCCUCUGGGUCCUCUUCGACCGGCAGAGCUUCGCCGCCGUGCUGGGGUCACCACUGGUCAGCCUGAGGGUCUGGUCCUACGGCUUCUCGGGGGUCGGCAUUGUCACGAUGCUGCUGGGGUUCCUGGGGUGCCUGGGGGCCCUCAAGGAGGUCAAGGUCAUGCUGCUGCUGUACUUUGGGAUCCUGCUGCUGCUCUUCGCUGCCCAGAUCACGGUGGGCGUCAUCGUCUACACGCAGCGUGUUGCUCUGGCCACCAAAGUGGCCACCUACGCGCAGCAGCUGAUCCAAGAGUACCCAGCUCAGGGACCGCCUGGGGACCCCCACGAGAGCUGGGAUGCUGUCCAGCAGCAGCUUGGCUGCUGCGGCUGGAACGGGCGCCAGGACUGGGACCACCACGAGGGACCCUCCAGGGACACGGACGGGGCCGAGACCGUCGCCUGCUCCUGCCUCCAGGCCCCCAACAGCACCCACGGGACCCCAGGGGUGCUGCCCCACGGCCGCUGCCCCUUAGCUGCCCCCAGUGACAUCUUCCCCAAGGGCUGUGCCGCGGGCGUCCGGGACUGGCUGGCUGCAAACCUGAUCACCAUCGUGGGGGUCUGCGUGGGCAUCGGCCUGGGGGAGCUCGCCCUGCUGAUGCUGUCGAUGUUCCUGGUCAGGAACCUGGACCCCCACUACGAGAAGCUGCUGCGGGGGUUCUGAGGGGCC